AUUGAAAUACUCUGUGUUCUUAUAGAGCUAAUAAAUAUAUAUCCUGUAGGAGUAUGUGCAGACUUCAGUGACAGACACUUCUGGGUCGCUGUAGAUGCUGCAGGCAGUCCGCGAGCGUCAUCGUGUCUCUGUUGUUGUGACGGCGCAAACCGGUGAAGCGACCAAUGAGUCAACAGCUGAUAGGGGUUAAUUUUACCUUACGAACCUAUAAAUAACGAUAACAGCCCUGGUGAAAACAUCUGCACAAGAGACCUGCAAGCUUUUACAAAGUCAUUCGGUUUUCAGAGGCAACAAUGGCAGUUCCUGUAGCUGCGUUACAAAUGAGCACAUCAUCCAGCCAGGGUCUGCUGGAGCACAACAUUCACAUCAGCGACAGAGAUCUGGGAAUGAUUUCAAGUGACAAUGAAUACGACACUUUGCCUUUACAUUCUCCGUGGACCUUCUGGCUUGAUAGAUCUCUACCAGGAACUACGGCAGCUGAAUGUGAGUCAAACCUGAAGAAAAUCUACACCGUGGAGACCGUCCAGAACUUUUGGAGAGUUUACAACAACAUACCCGGCGUCUCUAGCUUGCCGUUGAGAUGUAGCUAUCAUCUCAUGAGAGGAGAAAGAAAACCACUCUGGGAGGAAGAAAGCAAUGCUAAAGGUGGUGUUUGGAAGAUGAAAGUACCCAAAGAAUGCACUACUGUUGUAUGGAAGGAGUUGCUAUUGGCUAUUAUUGGAGAGCAGUUCAGUGAUUAUUGUCCCUCAGACGAUGAAGUAGUCGGGGUCAGCGUCAGCGUAAGAGACAGAGAAGAUGUGUUUCAGGUCUGGAAUGGAAACGCUUCUUGUGCUAACGAGUCAAACAUCUUGACCAGGAUCAAUGAGCUCCUUCCACAAAUACCUUUUAAAGCAGUGUUUUACAAACCACACGAGGAGCACCACGCUUUUGAGGGAGGUCGAAGGCAUUAACACAGUUUGCGCGUCAGAGCCCUCGAUACCCUUUGAACAUGUUUUGGAUAAUAUUUGGGCACAUUUUGAAGCACUUGAGUUCAUAGUUUCUUAAUGUAUCGUCCUAAUUACCUCAAAAUGUAGCCCUUGUAUUAUGAUUCUCAUUCACUACUGUCAUUCAUAAUAAUAUUCAAAAUACUUUAGAUACAUUUAAUCCGAAAGCAAACAGCCAUUCUAGUUCAAUUUUUAUCUGUGGGCGUGUUUGUGUGUUUUUAUAUUUCAAAAAUGUUUUUGCAAAUCCUUAACCAAAACAGCAGAUCAUGUAGAUGUACAUGUCAGAUUUUUUUUUUAUGUAUUAUAGCAUAAUUUGUGCUGUUUGUGGAGGACUAGUGUCACAAAGCAAACGUUUUUAACAAUACAUUACAAGGCUUUUCUAGUGAGUUUCAAAAUACAGUUGCCUAACGUAAAAUUGAGUAUGCUGUAGUGCUAAUAUAGGGGCGGUAAAUUGCACAUUCUCUUAUUUUUUAGGAUACGAACGGAUUGUGAAAAGAAAUAUGUUGUUACAAUAAAAUGACCUCAGUACAUAAAUCAUCAUGAGAAGAUGCUGAGAAAUAUAUGCAAUCAUUUCUAUUCUGUAGAAUUUGCAGUGUUGUGGUUGUCAUUUUGUUGAAGCAUCUGUCUCAAAUCAAGCACUUUGUUUCUUACUGUGUGUGUGUGUGUGUGUGUGUGUGUGUGUGUGUGUGUGUGUGUGUGUGUGUGUGUGUGUGUGUGUGUGUGUGUGUGUGUGUGUGUGUGUGUGUGUGUGUGUACACCAAAUCCACUUUGGUUUUGUGUCACCUUUUCUGAUAAAGUGUAAAGCUGUUUAUUUGUUCUUGCUUCUAAUAGUAUUUUGAGAUGUGUAGAGGACAAAGUUGACAUUGUAUUUCUUUUUUUUAAUGUUUAUAUGACCUGUGUUAAAAUUGAACUUGUGAAGCCUACCCUUAAUAGAUUAUAUUGACCCCAGGAAAGGUUGUGAACAUACACAUGACCUACAGAAAUCUGGACAUCAGUAAAAAUGUGUUGCUCUAAAUCUUACUUUCCUAGAGGGACCGCUCGGGGCCUAUUUUGGUGUAUUUGUACACAUUGUGGGUGUUUUGUGAAAUGAUGCAAAUGUUGCAGCAGGGUCAAAUUAUUUUGAAACAGGUUAGUCACAGAUGCUUUUCUGGUGCUGUACCAAAUCAAUUUGCAGUGUCUCUGAUAUCCAUAGAUGUUUAAGAUUUAGUUCUGUGGUUAUGUAAAAGACUGGAAAAUCAUAAUCAUAUUAGGGAAAUGUAAAAAUGUAGUAAAUGAACUUGAACCCUUAUACAUCUCACCAAAGGCACCUUUCCCUUGUCUUAGCGUGUGUGUGUGUGUGUGUGUGUGUGUGUGUGUGUGUGUGUGUGUGUGUGUGUGUGUGUGUGUGUGUAUUAGAGGGAGUGAGAUUGACUAUUCUAAACUGCAAAGAGCAGAGCAGAUUUUUUUGAGUACCUGUAUUAUACUACUUAAACAUUUGAGGUAAUUACUACAUAGCUGUGAAGUGUGCAUUGGAAGCCACAGAAACACUGCUGCUAUGAUUUCUCAAUCAAAUCAGACGUGUAAGUAUUUAUGAUGCUGGCUUCUGUUGCUCAUGUAAUAUAAACACAUACUGUAGGAUGAGAGAACACUGUACCCUUGCACAUAUACAGUUGACCAGAUUGUUGAUCUUGGAUGGUGCCUUGUGUUUACCAGCAGUUUAGAAUGUCAUCUGUAGUUCAGCAUGUUGAAAUCGUAUAAAGUCAUGUUUCUCUGUUAGUUUUACACGUCUUUGAGAAAUAAAGAUGCCUAAACUUCCACCUUUUGCUUUGUGGAAUACUUACUGUACUGUAUGUGUGAUGUGAAUAUCAAUAUUGCAUUGAAUAAAAACAGAAACAGCAUUAUAACCA